AUGGAGAAGCAAUUUGAAGUCCAAAUGGACUCAAGACAGGUCCUUGAUGAGAUUGGUGGUUGUUCAUUGCUUGAAACUCUCGCGUCCGCGCCACCGCGGUCUCCGACAAGCCCAAGCUCAACAAGUACAGCGCGCGCAUCACGGAGCCCAAGUCGCAGGGCGCCUCGCAGGCCGUGCUCUACGAGGUCGGCCUCACCGACAUGGACCUCCCGCAAGCUGCAGGGCGGCGUCUCCUUGGUGUGGUAUGAGGGGAACACCUGUAACAUGCACCUGCUCCACCUCGCCGAGACCGUCUACGACGGCGUGCGCGAGGCCAGCAUGGUCGGCUUCCGAUUCAACACCGACGGUGUCAGCGACGCCAUCUCCAUGGGCACCCGGGGCAUGUGCUACAGCCUCCAGUCCCACGACCUCGUCGCCGACAGCAUCGAGACCGUCAUGGGCGCGCAACACUACGACGCCAACAUCUCCAUACCUGGGUGCGACAAAAACUACUCGGUUCCGACUGACAACUCAGACUUGGGUGAAUCUGCACUUGAGACUGAGCCAGUCAUUGGGCAGGUUUUCGUUACCAAGAGUUCAAGAUCAGAGGCUGAGUUUGAGCAACAGCUAUAUAUCCUUAGGAGACCCUCAAACAUCUCCGUUCGAGCUGCUCUGAACUUAAGCGUGGAGGUUUCAGGGCUGAAAAGGAUCAGAGAAUCCCCACUAAGCACAGUUUUUGGAAUGGAAUUUGGGCAAUAA